GUUCUUCAUUGCUCUCACUGACUGUUUAGCUCAAUUAGUUUGAAAUUCGUUUCUGUGUGUUAAAGCCAACGUUUGUUACUCAUCUGUUCAGCCUUGUGGUAUGAUGAACAGCUGCUUCUACAGUCACACAGGCAUUUUGAUUCUACUCUGAUGAACUAAUGGUCCCAAAUGGAGUUGUUUACCCGUUAGUGGACUGGGAAGAAUUUCUGCUUCCAAGAAACAUCAAACUUGACGUGAGACUGCACUGAUUUCUGCAUGUUUUUUUCUCUGCUCAAUCGCUCUCACCUGUCAUUUGGAGAUGUAGCCCAGCCAUGCUUUUUUUCUGCUUGUGCUCAACUGUGAUGUGAUGGGCAGCUAUAACUCAACGCUCAUUCCUGACACAGAAGAGUUUGAUUCCAUUGUAUGGUCGAGUCUGAACGAGCAGAGAGCUCCUGCUGCAGAUGAGACGCUACAGUCAGAGCUCCAUUCUCUGGUAACAUUUAUGAUCGAGAAGGAAAGAAGAGAAAACCAAAGCGAAGGAAUGAAUUUUUCAGCAAAUGAAGAGAGCACUCAGGAAACAAAACAGGAUUCGUCCCCCCUUCAAGCUGCAGACAAGAAAAUGUCAAAGGAGUCUUUCUCCUCGCUGCUGCCGAAGGCUCUCUCUGCUGUGCUAAGUCCAGCAUUGCCCCCAACCCUCAACUCAGAUCCCCGACCAAGAAGCCCAGAGAAAAAUAUCAAGCCAAACGUAGAACAGCUGCACGCCGAGUUAAAAGACCUCAGGGACCAGUUUGAACAGAUGAAGAGUCGACACAACAAAGAAAUUAAGCUGCUGAUGAAUGAGCUUGAUGAGGAGAAGAGGAUUCGCUUAACUUUACAGAUGGAAAUCCAGCGGAUGAAGAAGCACAUGUCGAAAUGAACAAGAAGGACUGGAUCAAGGGCAAGGGCUUCUGUUGUUACAUAUGCUUUAUCUAACUUUCUAAAGAAACUGAACAUGAAAAUAAUCUUUUUCAAUGGACAGCUUAUUAUUAAAAGUAUCUCUGAGGUGGUUGAUUCACUCCAAGUCUCAGUUAGGCAGUUGAAUAAGGUUACAAAGUGCAUAUAAAACACUGAGUCAUUGCUGAAAUGUCUCAAUCCAGUCUCAGGGAUCUAGGUGGUGCCCAAAUAAAGGCUUUUUAAAAUUGAUUGAAAUUAUAAUCCCUGGCUAAAAUCAACUCCCAGAUUGCUUCAUGGCUACGUUUUGACCAGCUGAAACUGGAUUGAAAUAUGUUACAACCAAAGUACUAUCAAGUCAUAUUAAACCAGAGAAUAAACAUGCUAAUGUUAGCCUAACAUUUGACCAAACUGGGAGCAAGGCAUAACUUUAAUGAAGACAGUAGGCAAACAAAUUUUAAAUAUAAUCACGUUUUAGGUGGCAAGCUGUCAGAAGACUGAAGUAGCUUUACAUGCCAGUUAACUCUAUGUUGGAUUUGCCUAAUGAGGCUGUCCUCCAGAAAUUCCUGUUUGGAAAAUAAAUAUGUUACUCAAGAAAAUGACAGACAGUGCCACUAAAGUGGGACACAAAAGAUACUGGAUUUUUAUGCACGCGCACGAUUUGAUUUUCUUAACCUGAGUGAAUAUUUGACACAAAAAUUAGGCAAAUUUGUGUCCACUUUGAAUAUUUCUUUGUUUUUUCACACUGAUUCUCAUCCUACAAACUGAGUUUUUGGGUUGAGCCUGACAUAUUGGGGACAAUCUCAAUGCAGAGAGAUUUUACAAUAUAAGCAGUGACAAUCCCAUUUUAGGGAAUAAAUUUUAUCCUACAAUAUGUCAAUACUCACUUCCUGGGAGUGGGAUUUAUCAGAGGGGCAACAUCCAAAAUUUGAGAGUAGAAAGGAUGGAAUGGCCAGGCCACUUGUGAACACUUGUGGACAAAGUUGGGUAGAGUACCCACAGAGUGUACUUGAGUAAGGAGCAGCACUAUUUCAACAUAUUUUCACUCAAGUAAAAAUAAAAGGUUUACUCAAGUAGUGAGUAAUUGAUCAUACUGUAAUACCAUGUGAUUCAACCAAUCAAUAUACAAACACAUUGGUUAACUUGUGAAAAAUACUGGAAUAGAAUUCCAUACCAUCCCACAGGAGUGUGUGAUCACAUUGGUGACUAGGCUAAAGAGGGUUAUGCACGUUUUUCCUUUUUUUUAUUGUUACAAGAUAAAAAAUUUUGAGGAAACACACAUUUCUUAGUUAUCAGCGAAUGUCUGAUCUGAAAUGGCUCAAAUUGGUUUUGGGGACAAAAAGUCUUGAUUAGGAUGUUUCAUUCCAGGAAGUAUUCAAGUUUGAGCACAUUUAUCCAAAGCAAGUUGCAUGAUACAUUUGUCUUUUGGGCUGAACCUGAGCAGCUCAUUUAUUUCUUUGCUAAUGUAACCAAUGUUGUGAUGUGAGGAAGAUGCUUAUUAUAUUUUUGGUUGUAGCAAGAACAAAUAAAUGUAUUCAUUCAAACACAGAAAAAUAUUUUUGGCAUCAUAAGCUGAAACAGCGAAAGUUCUGAAGUUAAACCAGCAUUGAUGCUGAAGAAAGCUGGACUGAAAUAGUUUUUCUGAUGCGCUACCAGCAGCUUAUCUGUCAAUCAGUGUCAGUCAGUGGCAUCCUAAUACGAAGUUAUAAUCCUGGUGAAGUUAUCAAAGGCAAACAUAUGAAACGAAGAAACAUUUACUUAAUACAAAAUAUUAU